AUGAUUGUAUUGAUUUCUUACAGUGUUGGCUGUGUCUAUGGACAAGAAAGCUACGCAGGUGAAAACAUCACCCGCAUUCUGGACCGACUACUAGAUGGAUAUGACAACUGGUUGCGACCAGGAUCCGGAGGUAUGGUCACAGAGGUGAAAACAGAUAUCUUUGUCACCAGCUUUGGCCCAGUGUCAGAUGUGGAAAUGGAGUACACCAUCGACAUGUUCUUCCGACAGACCUGGGUGGACGAGAGGCUGAAGUACGACGGCGCCGUGGAGAUCCUGAGUCUCAACAACAAGAUGGUGGAUAAAAUCUGGACACCCGACACAUUCUUCAGGAACUCCAGGAAGUCCAUCGCACACAAUAUGACCACUCCCAACAAGCUGUUCCGCAUCAUGCAGAACGGGACCGUCCUCUAUACCAUGAGACUAACCAUCGUUGCUGAGUGUCCCAUGAGGCUCAUGGACUUCCCUAUGGACGGACAUAUAUGUCCUCUGCGGUUCGGCAGCUAUGGGUACACGAACAGUGAGAUCACCUUUACCUGGAGGAAGGGUCUGGAAGCUUCUGUAGACUGUCCUCAGGAGUCUAUCAGUCUGCUCCAGUAUGACCUGGUGGGACAGAAGUUAUCCACGGAGACGUCCAAGUCCAACACAGGUGACUACUCUGUCAUGGUAGUCCAUUUUCUACUACAGAGGAAGCUAGGCUACUACCUGAUUCAGACGUACAUCCCUCUGAUUAUGGUGGUGGUGCUGUCUCAAGUAGCCUUCUGGAUCAACAAAGAGUCUGUCCCUGCACGCACUGUGGCUAGCAUCACCACGGUCCUCACCAUGACAACCCUCAGCAUCAGUGCCCGCCAGUCUCUGCCCAAGGUGGCCUACGCUACAGCCAUGGACUGGUUCAUCGCCGUGUGUUUUGCCUUCGUGGCGUCUGCGCUCAUCGAGUUCGCCGCUGUCAACUACUUUGCGACGCUGGAGGCCAACAGACUGAAGAAGAAGAAGAACGCCAGGCAGAAAAAAAUGGAGGCCCUGGCUGAAGCAAGUUAUGAUGAGGAGGAUGAUGAGAGUGCUUUAUCUGGUUCAGCAGUGCCCCCCAUCUCAGCGCCGGCUGGCACCAGCCCCAUAGACCAGUACUCCCGCAUGUUCCCCCUGGCCUUCGCACUCUUCAAUCUCUUCUACUGGAUCAUAUACCUGGGCAAGGACACCAUGGAACAGGCCAGAGAGGAUUGA